AAACACAACUAGACACCAUGAUGCUGAGAGAAGUCAAAGCACGGAAUCCGCGCACUGCGAGGAUUCUCAAGUCGCGAGAACCACAACUUAUCGAACAGCCAAAGCGUAUUCUCCUCCUCCAUGGGCCAAAAUGCCCAUUCCCUCUCCGUACAGCACUCAAAGUCUUCCACUCCCUUACACAGCCUCAUUCAAUCCUCUUUCACAAAAAGAAUGCAAACAUUCAUCCUUUUGAAAAUGCAGCGAGCCUGGAGUUCCUAGCAACCAAAAACGAGUGCGGUAUUGUGAUUUGGGGCAGCAGCAACAAAAAGCGACCGAAUUGCGUCACAUUGGUUCGCAUAUUCGAUGCGAAGGUUCUAGAAAUGUGUGAACUACUGUUGCUUGGGACACAAGAACAGAUGGAGAAGGAUGCAGCCGUGCGAGGAAGUGGAUUUCAUGCGAAAUUAAAUGUUGGCCUUGGGAUGAAACCCAUGAUUCUGUUUGCAGGGAGUGUGUGGGCGGAUUCUACGGUUCCUGUGUUUGGUAUGCUGAAGAGUAUGCUGUUGGAUAUUUUCAAGGUCGAAGAAACAUCCAAAAUUGAUGUUGAAGGACUACAGUAUUUGCUUAUGGUUGCAGCGGAUGAGCCAACUGAAGGGACAAGCCCAGUUAUUCAUUUAAGAUGGUAUCGAAUCUGCACGAAAAAGAGCGGCCAGAAGCUUCCCCGAGUUGAAUUGGAGGAAAUUGGCCCCAAAUUCGAUUUCAAGUUGGGUCGUAUACGAGAAGCGGAUCCAGGGGCAAUGAAAGAAGCCAUGAAACAAGGAAAGAGGCCACAAGACCUUGAACGAACAAAGAAAAAUAUCAGCAUGGAUUCUAUCGGCGAUAAGAUCGGACGAGUACACCUGGGUCGACAGGAUCUAAGUGCGCUCCAGACAAGGAAAAUGAAAGGACUCAAACGAAGAAACGGAAUAGAAGGUGAAGACCAAGAUGCUAAUGGAGAUAUGAUGGAUAUUGAUCAAGUGUCUGAGGAAGGAUCUUCUAAGAAGCCUCGGAUCGAUUAA